AUGGAGGACUCGGCUGCUGCCGAGGGCGUUUGUCGCCCGUCGCUGUGCCCGUCCCCCGGGUGUGCUGCAGGUCUCUUCCCAGGAGCUGCCUUCCCUGGGGGGGCCUUCCCGGGGGCCGCCGGGGCCGCGGCUCUCAAGGCUGCUGCAAAAGCUGGUGCUGUGGUACCGGGCGCGGUGCAGCCCGGGGUUGGCGCGGCAGGGAAACCCCCUAAAAUACCAGGUGCUGGGAUUCCUGGAGCUUUUCCAGGCGGCGUGCUCCCCGGAGCAGGCAUUCGCUUCCCUGGAGUAGGGGUGCUGCCCGGAGUACCCACUGGAGCUGGAGUCAAGCCAAAAGCUCCAGGAGUUGGGGCCUUUGGAGGAAUCCCUGGACUGGGAGGUUUUGGAGGUCCACAGCCCGGUGUCCCUCUGGGGUAUCCCAUCAAAGCUCCUAAGCUCCCAGGUGGCUAUGGAUUGCCCUACACCAAUGGCCUCAGGCCCGGUGGGCCAGGAGCAGGCCUUGCAGGGAAGGCAGGGUAUCCCACCGGGACAGGAGUCGGAGCUCAGGCGGCCGCAGCAAAGGCAGCAGCGAAAUACGGAGCUGGUGUCCUGCCCGGGGUUGGCGGCAUCCCAGGAGUCGGCGGCUUGGUACCCGGUGUGCCAGGAGUUGGAGUUGGAGGAGCAGCAGCGGCGGCGGCAGCAGCGAAGGCGGCGGCGAAGGCAGGAGCCCUUGCUCCAGGGGCAGUGCCUGGAGUUGGUGGUGUUGGUGUCCCUGGCUUGGUCCCUGGCGUUGGAGCUGUCCCAGGACUGGUGCCCGGCGUUGGAGUCCCCGGGGUGGCAGGGGUGCCGUCGGCAGCAGCAGCAGCAAAGGCAGCUAAGUUUGGAGCUGGUGUUCCUGGUGUUGGUGUUCCUGGUGUUGGUGUUCCCGGCGUUGGCGUUCCGGGUGUUGGGGUCGGUGCUGUCCCAGGCGUCGUGCCCGGAGUUGGUGUCCCUGGCUUGGUGCCCGGUGUCGGAGCUGUCCCCGGGGUGGCAGGGGUGCCGUCGGCAGCAGCAGCAGCAAAGGCAGCUAAGAUCGGAGCUGGUGUUCCUGGUGUUGGUGUUCCUGGUGUUGGUGUUCCUGGUGUUGGUGUUCCCGGCGUUGGUGUUCCGGGUGUUGGGGUCGGUGCUGUCCCAGGCGUCGUGCCCGGAGUUGGUGUCCCCGGAUUGGUGCCCGGUGUCGGAGCUGUCCCCGGGGUGGCAGGGGUGCCGUCGGCAGCAGCAGCAGCAAAGGCAGCUAAGUUUGGAGCUGGUGUUCCUGGUGUUGGUGUUCCUGGUGUUGGUGUUCCCGGCAUUGGCGUUCCGGGUGUUGGGGUCGGUGCUGUCCCAGGCGUUGUGCCCGGAGUUGGUGUCCCCGGAUUGGUGCCCGGUGUCGGAGCUGUCCCCGGGGUGGCAGGGGUGCCGUCGGCAGCAGCAGCAGCAAAGGCAGCUAAGAUCGGAGCUGGCGUUCCUGGCAUCGCUGGCGUUCCCGGUGUUCCCGGUGUUCCCGGUGUCCCUGGUGUCCCUGGUGUUCCUGGUGUUCCUGGUGUCCCAGGCGUGCCCGUCGUGCCUGGAGUUCCUGGUGUGGUGCCUGGUGUCGGAGUUGGUGGCCCGGCAGCCGCAGCGGCCGCGGCGAAGGCGGCAGCGAAAGCCGCAGCAAUCGGACGCGUUCCCGGCGUCGGCGUUCCCGGCGUCGGCGUUCCUGGUGUCGGUGUUCCUGGAGUCGGUGUGCCCGGAGUUGGUGUUCCUGGUGUGGGCGUACCCGGUCUGGUGCCUGGGGUUGGCAUUCCAGGAGUUGGUCCUGCAGCCGCCAAAGCAGCCGCCAAAGCAGCCAAGUUUGGAGCAGUUCCUGGUGUAGGUGGCCUUGUUCCCGGUGUAGGUGGCCUUGUUCCUGGUGUAGGUGGCCUUGUUCCCGGUGUGGGUGGCCUGGUCCCUGGUGUUGGAGGCGUCCCAGGGGUUGGAGUUCCGGGCGCAGCAGCGAAAGCAGCAGCAAAGGCAGCGAAAUUCGGAGCCGGGGUCGGAGGGGUGCCCGGUGUUGGUGUGCCCGGCGCGGUGCCCGGUGUUGGCGUGCCCGGUGUUGGCGUGCCCGGUGUUGGCGUGCCCGGUGUUGGCGUGCCCGGGUUGGUGCCAGGUGUGGGAGUACCUGGAGCUGGUGUCCUCCCUGGGGCAGGCAUCCCCCAAGUAGGUGCUAAACCUCCCAAAUUCGGUGUGCCUGGAGUUGGAGUGCCAGGAGUCGGUGGCCUCCCAGGUGGCCUUGGAGUUGGUGGCCUCGGAGUCCCCGGGCUUGGCGUUGGAGCUGCUGGGAAACCUCCCAAGGCGGGUUUUGGUGCUGGUCUAGGGGUUGGAGUUCCCGGCUUCGGCGUGUCACCGAUAUUUCCAGGUGGGGUCGGCGCCCCGCUGGGAUUUGCUGGGAAGCCCCCUAAGACCUACGGAGGAGCCCUCGGUGCCCUGGGCUUUAGAGGCGGCGUGGGCUGCGCAGCAGGGAAGUACUGCGGGAGGAGGCGGAAGUAACCGCGGCCGUCACCGCUGACCUCAUGAACUUUGGUGCUACUGCAUGGUCCAGAAUGUAAAUCCCGAGCAAAGCUGAGACGCCCCCCCCUUCCCCAAAAACCCCCCGUCCAUCCCGGGGCCGUCCCCGGCCCCGCGUUCCCAGGAGGGAUCCCGCACCUCCGGCACCAUCCGUCGCCCCCCAGCCCCUCGGUCCCGGCAGGGAGCGCGGAAUAAACUGCGGGGAGCAGCCGUCCCCCUUGGUGCUAUCGCUCUCUGCGGGAUUUUGGGGGGGGCUCGGGGUGUCGCACCCCUCCCCAGCCCCAGAGCUGACCCCCCCGGGGGGGGGGGGGCAGGAUGAGGGGUACCCCACAUUGGAGGAAGGGAGGGAGGGAAGGGGAUGCCGGCGGCGGGGGCUGCACGGGGAGGGAUGGCCCCGUCGGUCCCCGCGAUCCCCCCGGUCUGGGGGGGGCGCGGGCAGGAGGGGCUCGGUCCCUUCGUGUUGCUCACUUUGCUAUAACUGGGUGGGACGCCCUUAUACAGAGGGACUCGCUUCUGACAGACUAAUAAAGGACAAGUUUUUAAAGGA